AUGCAAAUUAACGCUCGAGAUGGGAUUCAAAUGAAUAAGGCUCCUGGCCAGAAUAGAAUAUUGAUGUUAUCCCCAACUAGACCAGUUAGCUGCCGACGUUGUGUGGUUAUCAAUAUGGCCAAUAUUCCAAUCCACAGCACAUCCGCACACCAGCUGAGAUACAAAGAGCCACACUCGCAUAUUGUAUCUGCAUUUAUGAAGAUGCAAACUACAAGUACGGGCCGGGGGAAAACGCCAGCUGAAACUAUCAAAAUGCAUGCCAAGAGGCAAACAACAAAAGCAGGCAACACGAGCUGCCGCAACAUGGCAAACAUGAAACCGAAACCGAAAACUGUAACUAAAACUGCGGCCAAAAUCACCGCCCAUGCCACCCCCUCGAAUGCUAUCCAGGCAGCAAAAAAGCGAGAACGGGCGAAAUUUGCAUGCAUAUUUACCAACUUUCGUUCGGAAAAGUCAGAAUAA